GCCGCGCGGGGGGCCAUGUCGCGGCCGGCGCGCGCGCUCCCGCCCCAGCUGCCCGCGGCGGCGGCGGCGCGCGCACUGCGGCGCGCGGCGCGGUUCGUGCGGCGCGCGCUGCCGCUGUGCCGCGCGCACACCGUGGAGUUCUUCACGCGCGGGCUCUGGGAGCGCCUCGUGGUGCCGCCCCCCCACACCGUGCUCGAGGCGCUGCGCGCGGCCGGGCCGCUCGCGCGCCCCCUGGCGGGGGCCUCCGACAGCGCGGCGGCGCCGUGCGAUGAUGACAUGUUUUCCAGUGCAUUUUGUGAAAACUCUGAGAAACUUAUUGAUGUACAUUUGUUUGCCCUGGCCGCUAAGUAUUAUUCUUUGUCCAACCUUGGAGUGUGUACCCCAUUAGAAGAUGUACUUGGAGCAUUGAAAGGAAACAGCCAAGGAGCAACAGGUAUCAAAGCAGAUGAGUUUAUGAAUAAUAAGAAAUCACAUGAAGUGCAGGUGAUGUCAGAGCUGGUAGACAACAUAGUGAAUUAUUGUGGUAUAAAGCAGGUGAUUGAUAUAGGUUCUGGAAAAGGCUACCUGAGUUCAUUUUUGUCCAUGCAAUACAACUUAAAAGUUUAUGGAAUUGACUCCUCCAACUCCAACACAGAUGGUGCUCAUGAAAGGAACAGAAAACUGAAGAAACACUGGAGAGCAUAUCAGAGUCGAGGAAGAGCAAACCUCAAAACCCAGAGUUUGGAAAAGACAAAUGACAGGCCAGUGGAAAGUGAAAUGAAAUCUAAAAUGAUCAAUGAAGAGCUCUUAAAUAAUGCCAAAAGUCUUCAAAGUCGGGACCAAGUGAUUAUGCAAGAUUUAGUUCCUUCUUGUGGUUUCACAGAAAUGGGUACAUUUGAAACCAGGACAGAAACUGAAGCUGAUUUGAUGCCUCAGACAAAAUCUCAUGAGGGCAAACUUUCUGAAGAGGUUCUUGCUAUUCUAAAUGUUCUGCCUGCUGAUGCUGUAGAAGUUUUUUCUUCAUCUCAUCGUAACUGGGGGGAACUCUGUGAAGAGGAAAAAGUGCAAAGAAAAAAGACAUCUCUCAAGACUAAAGCAACAAAAUCGAGUGAAUCGAACCUCUAUUUACCCUUAACCUCUUGCAUCACUGCAGAAACAGAACUCAGUGACAUCGUAACAGAUCUGGAGGACUGUGUGAUGGUGGGUCUACAUACGUGUGGAGAUCUGGCUGCAAAUACACUACGUAUUUUUGCUGCCAAGCCUGAAGUCAAAGCAGUUUGCAGUGUGGGCUGCUGCUACCAUCUGUUGUCGGAACAAUUUGAAAACCAAGAAGAAUGCUGCGACAAAGUGUGGGGAUUUCCCAUGUGUCAGUACUUGAAGGACAAAGGCUGGUGUUGUGGUCGCAAUGCUAGAAUGUCAGCAUGCUUGGCUUUGGAGCGAGUUGCAGUUGGCCAAAUGCUGCCUACAGAAUCAUUGUUUUAUCGAGCUGUUCUUCAGGUUAUUAUAGAAGAAAUGUAUGGUGUUACGAAAAGUGAUCGACAUGUUGGAAAAACUUUCUCCAAAUCAUCCUCCUUCGUAGAUUAUGUCAGAAGGUCUCUGAAAAAGCUGGAACUGGAUGAUUCGAAGCUCUGUUUAGAAAUGAAUAAAAGAGCAGCUGUUCUGCAUAGACCAAAAGUCUACUUUGUCUCUGGCAGAGGCCAAAAACCGAUGCCUUGGGAAAAAUAUAAGCUCCCAGACAGCUGUAUAAUGGAUUACUAUGAAAAAUACAAGCACAGAAUGAAUGAGCUAGAAGCAUUUAAUAUGCUGAAGGUUGUUCUGGCUCCUUGCAUAGAAGUUUUGAUACUUCUGGAUCGUCUUUGCUAUCUCAAGGAGCAGGAAAACAUUGCCUGGUCUGGACUUGUGAAGUUAUUUGAUCCUGUGAAAUCUCCCAGAUGCUAUGCAGUUAUUGCUCUGAAGGAAGAGUCAUGUUCUUAAGUGGAAGCAAAUUGCAGAGAGGUUGAAAAUUCUGAACUGAUACUGUUGUUUCCUCUCUUUAAUUGAUUCCUUAAGUACACUGUUUGCUUUUCAGCUGCAAGAGAGAAAACUGCAAUACCUCUGAAUCUUCAGAAAUAAGUAUCUCCUUUAUAAAUAUGAUGGCUUCCUUAUGUCAGUUAUUAAACAAUGUUGAACAUCUGACUUUAUUAAAAAAGUUAUGACCUA